CAGAGCAGCAAAGUAGUUAGCCAUCAUAGUACGCGGAGGCGACUAUGUAGAUUAGAGGACGGUGUUAGUUUUUUAGUGAUUUCUUUGACAGGCCACGCCGUUUUCACCAUAGUAGCAGGCGAGCUACGAAGAGGACUUUUCGUAUCGGGAAAUAGUUGGUCACCAGGAAUUAGUCUAAUUUCAGUUGGAACAACGAGUUCGAGGCGGAUGAGGGGAGCCCCUGGGAGGGCAAGUGUGUGCUGUGGCGGGGUCCUGUUAGCCAAAGAUGAACAAAAACCACCGAGUGCCGAGCAACCGAACUUUAAGCACCGUGGAGGUGAAGAGCAAGUUUGGAGCUGAGUUCCGGCGCUUCUCCCUGGACCGCUCGAAGCCCGGCAAGUUCGAUGAGUUCUACGGGCUGCUGCAGCACGUGCACCGCAUCCCCAACGCCGAGCUGCUGGUGGGCUACGCCGACGUGCACGGAGACCUGCUGCCCAUCAACAACGAUGACAACUACCACAAGGCCAUCACCACGGCCACGCCGCUCCUGCGCCUCUUCCUGCAGAGGAAAGAGGAGGCGGACUACUCUGCGUUCGGCACCGACUCGAUGACGCGUAACAAGAAGACUCCGGCGGUGCUGGCGGCGGUGCUCCUGCGUCCAGAGGCGAGCCGCAACAAGAAGCCGCCGGUCAUCAUCAGCCUGCCGCGCGACUUCCGGCCCGUCUCCUCCAUCAUCGACGUGGACAUCCUGCCCGAGACGCACCGCCGCGUACGCCUCUACAAGCACGGCCAGGAGAAGCCGCUAGGGUUCUACAUCCGCGACGGAUCCAGCGUGCGCGUCACGCCACAAGGCCUGGAGAAGGUGCCGGGCAUCUUCAUCUCGCGGCUGGUUCCGGGCGGCCUGGCGGAGAGCACGGGGCUGCUGGCGGUGAACGACGAGGUGCUGGAGGUCAACGGCAUCGAGGUGGCCGGCAAGUCCCUGGACCAGGUCACGGACAUGAUGAUCGCCAACAGCCACAACCUCAUCGUCACCGUCAAGCCGGCCAACCAGCGCAACAACGUGGUGCGCCACAGCGGCCACAGCGGCAACAGCGGUGGCGUGACGUCGGGCAGCUCGGGCCGCUCCACGGACAGCGGCGCCAGCUUCAGCGGCUACGGAUACUCGGCGCCGGGAGCGGUGGUGGGCUCUGGCCUAGCCACGCCCACGCACAUCAUCCAGAACUUCCGUCCCGAGGAGAUGGAGAGCGACGAGGAUGAGGAGGAGGACCUGGUGAUCGAGGCGGGCGGGGAGGCGAGGCCCAUCACCCCCAUGCUGGUGGAGGCGGGGGCCACCGUCAGCUCCAGCCUGCCCCUGCUGCCCCGCUACGAGCCCCACCUCAACCUGCGGCCCGCGGCCAACGGCACCAUGACGACCAGCGCCAGCGCCGGGUCCCUCAGUACCACAACCACAGCCACGAUGGACCGAGACCAAGACAGAGAGCGAGACAGAGAUCGAGAGCGAGACAGAGAGCGAGACCGCGUACUGGACAGGAGGAGCCUAGAGGAGGAUGGCACGGUCAUCACACUGUAGCAGAAGCAAUAAGACGUUAUUAUACACACACACACACACACACACACACACACACACACACACACACACACACACACACACACACACACACACACACACACACACACACACACACACACACACACACACACACACACUACCAGAGAUAUAUAAAGUAGAAGUAGAGGUACGGUUACAGAUGUAAUUACAACACUAGUGGUAUGAAAUGGCAUGGUUUCAACAAUGUGAUAUCACACUGCUGCUGUUGUAAUAACAUCUUCAACAGAACUUGUACUUCUACUUGAUCUCUGCUCACUAUACUGUGUACAUACAGUACUGUGGCAUUGAAAUUAGAUUUGCACAGACACAGACAGUAGAAGUUAUACUGCUACUAUUACUACUGGUCUGUCCCAACUACAGCUAUGUGCAUGGUCCUAUAUGCCAGAUCUCUUUCAGCAAACAUUCAUGGGCAUGUUCUAUUCACACAAAAAUUGCUCUCUGUUUGCCUUGUCUUAUCAGGCGUCGUGCUAAUUAAUGGUUUCAUUGUGCAGUCUGCACACAAUAAUGUGGGGCAAAGGUUCCACUUCCACAAAAUUGCAUACCAAAUUCUUAAUUCCAUAUUAAAACCUUGAUUUUAACACACACACACACACGCA